AUGGAAAACUUAGCAACUUCUCCCACAGCCAUCUGCUUCCCCACAGCCAUCUGCUCCCCCACAGCCAUCUGUUCCCCACAGCUAUCUGCCUCCCCACGGUCGUCUGCCCCCCCCCACAGCCACUACUUCCCCACAGCCCACAUCUACUUCCCCACAGCCAUCUGCCCCCCACAGUUAUCUACUUCCCCACAGCCAUCUGCUCCCCACAGCCAUCUGCUCCCCCACAGCCAUCUCCUCCCACAGUCGUCUGCCUCCCCCACAGUCAUCUACUUCCCCACAGCCAUCUACUUCCCCACAGCCAUCUGCUCCCCCACAGUUAUCUACUUCCCCACAGCCAUCUGCUCCCCCACAGCCAUCUGCUCCCCCACAGCCAUCUGCUCCCCCACAGCCAUCUGCUCCCCCCCAAGCCAUCUGCUCCCCCACAGCCAUCUGCUACCCCACAGUUAUCUACUCCCCACAGCCAUCUGUUCCCCACAGCCAUCUGCUCCCCCACAGCCAUCUGCUCCCCCACAGCCAUCUGCUCCCCACAGCCAUCUGCUCACAGCCGUCUGCUCCCCACAGCCGUCUGCCCCACAGCCCGUAGGGUUCCUCUGCUUAGCCUGCACAAUGUCACUUGGACUAUUCCUGCUCAUUGUGGUACUCUUCUGCCCUAACACAGAAGCAUAAAUCCAAGCUCCAAAUCAUUCCACACAAGGGUUAGGGGUUAGGUUAGUAGUUAGGUUAG